UUCACUUUGCAAACACCAAAAGGAAGGAAGGCACGCGCGGGCCCAGAGGGGUCUGCAGAGAGCUGGGGCUGGAGCCUCUCUGGACAGUUCCUGGCUGCUAGCAGGCUGGGCGUGGAGGCCACCUGGACUCAAGGAAACCCUGGCCGCCAGGGCAGGGCUGCCUUGGGCAUCCGCGCAGGGAGAGAGCGUCCAGCCCACACAGGACGCGAGGGGAAUUGGCGUUCAACUUUGCAGGGCCGACGGGCCAGCGGCCAGAGGACGAGCUGGGCAUCCAUCGGGUGGGUGCCUGCCUGCCGUGGGCAGUCGCCCGCCGCCCGCCGCCCGCGCCCCUCCCCGCACCGCUCGCAGCCUCGGCCCCAGCCCCUCCCUCCCUGCCUCCGCUCGCUCUCCGCGCUCCUCCGCGCUCGCUCCUCGCCGGCUCCUCCUCACUCGCCCGCCGCCGCGCCCGGCGCAGUCGGCCACAGCGCCCGCCCGCCGCCGCCCUCCUCCUUCCCGGCUCCCGCGCCGUCCGCGCGCCCCGCAGCCACCAUGCCCGUGGCCAGGCCGCCCGCCGCGGGGCUCGGCGGCGUCUCGCUGCUCCUCGCGCUGCUCCUGGGGAGCCCGGCGACUGCCCUAGCGGGAGAUGCUGGCCCACAGGGACACGCUGGCUCCCCGGGUACCCACCUCCUGCCCUCUGCAGCGCUGGAGAGCAGCAGCCUAAGCCAGGACAGCCCUGAAGAUGACAUCACCGUGGCUCCUCCAAACCCUUCACAGUCAGGAGAAGAACUGGGUGAGCUAGAGCCGGAAGGGACAGUCCCUUCUGUGCACCACCACCCCUCCAUCCUGUCAUCACUCCCCCCAGAGGUGGCCGGAGUGACAUAUGCACUCAUCCCCAAGAAGAAGCUGCCUCUCAAGCUGGUGACCUCGGCCCGGAAGCAGCUGAGGCCCAAGGCCACCUCUGCUUCUGCUACUGACUCUGCCAGGGCUGGGGUGCACGCCACAGCCUCUAUGGGGCCGGGUCCCCACUCCUCCACUGAGAAGCCCCACUCAGUGGGGGACUUGGAUGCAGGAGCUGCCUCGCAGCCAUCCUCAGAGGGGCCAGUCUGGCUGCAGGGCAAGGAGGCCUCGGUUCCCACAACCCCUGAGCCCCUGCAGAUCUCCCCGUUCACCUCGCAGCCCUUGGUGGCUCACACGCUCCUGCAGAGGCCAGAGCCAGGGGACCCGGCCUCGAGCGCACAAGAGGAGGCCCCUGAGACACCCUCUGAGGACUCCAGCCCUGGCGCCCUGAUGGACAAGGGUGACAACGAUCUGACUGGGUCAGCCUCGGAGGAGAGCCAGGAGACCACCACGUCCACCAUCAUCACCACCACAGUCAUCACCACGGAGCAGGCCCCAGCUCUGUGCAGCGUGAGCUUCUCCGACCCUGAGGGUUACAUCGACUCCAGCGACUACCUGCCGCUGCCCUUCAACAACUUCCUGGAGUGCACGUACAAUGUGACAGUCUACACUGGCUAUGGGGUGGAACUCCAGGUGAAGAGCGUGAACCUGUCGGAGGGGGAGCUGCUCUCCAUCCGAGGGGUGGACGGCCCCAGCCUGACCGUCCUGGCCAACCAGACACUGCUGGUGGAAGGGCAGGUGAUCCGGAGCCCCACCAACACCAUCUCCGUCUACUUCCGGACCUUCCAGGAAGAAGGCCUGGGCACCUUCCAGCUGCACUACCAGGCCUUCAUGCUAAGCUGCAGCUUUCCCCGCCGGCCGGACUCCGGGGACGUCACGGUGAUGGACCUGCACUCGGGCGGGGUGGCCCACUUCCACUGCCAACUGGGCUACGAGCUGCAGGGCGCCAAGAUGCUGACCUGCAUCAAUGCCUCCAAGCCCCACUGGAGCAGCCAGGAGCCCAUCUGCUCAGCCCCUUGUGGAGGAGCAGUGCACAAUGCCACCAUCGGCCGGGUCCUCUCCCCCAGUCACCCUGGUAACAGCAACGGGAGCCAGUUCUGCGUGUGGACCAUCGAAGCACCCGAGGGACAGAAGCUGCAUUUGCACUUUGAGAAGCUGUCACUGCAUGACAAGGACAGGAUGGCGGUGUACAGUGGACAAACCAACAAGUCCGCCCUCCUGUACGACUCCCUGCAGGCCGAGAGCGUCCCCUUCGAGGGGCUGCUGAGCGACAGCAAUGGCAUCCGCAUCGAGUUCACGUCCAACCAGGGCCAGGUGGCCUCAGCCUUCAACAUCCGCUUCGAGGCGUUUGAGAAAGGCCACUGCUAUGAGCCCUACAUCCAGAACGGGAAUUUCACCACGUCCGACCCAACCUACAACAUCGGGACGGUAGUGGAGUUCACCUGUGACCCCGGACACUCCCUGGAGCAGGGCCCCGCCACCAUCGAGUGCGUCAAUGUGCGAGACCCAUACUGGAACGACACGGAGCCCCUGUGCAGAGCCACGUGUGGUGGGGAGCUGACUGCCGUGGCUGGGGUGGUGCUGUCCCCAAACUGGCCGGAGCCCUACGUAGAAGGGGAGGACUGUGUCUGGAAGAUCCACGUGGGGGAAGAGAAGCGGAUCUUCCUAGAUAUCCAGUUCCUGAACCUGAGCAACAGCGACAUCCUAACUAUCUACGAUGGCGAUGAGGUUGUGCCCCACAUCCUGGGCCAGUACCUGGGGAGCAGCGGCCCGCAGAAGCUGUACUCUUCCACGCCAGACCUGACCAUCCAGUUCCACUCCGACCCUGCUGGCCUCAUCUUCGGGAAGGGCCAAGGGUUCAUCAUGAACUACAUAGAGGUGUCAAGGAACGACUCCUGCUCAGACUUGCCUGAGAUCCAGAACGGCUGGAAAACUACAUCUCACACGGAACUGGUGAGGGGAGCCAGAAUCACAUACCAGUGCGACCCCGGCUAUGACAUUGUGGGGAGUGACACCCUCACCUGCCAGUGGGACCUCAGUUGGAGCAGCGACCCCCCGUUUUGUGAAAAAAUUAUGUACUGCACCGACCCUGGAGAGGUGGACCACUCAACCCGCUUAAUCUCCGACCCCGUGCUGCUGGUGGGAACCACCAUCCAGUACACCUGCAACCCCGGCUUCGUGCUGGAAGGGAGCUCGCUGCUCACCUGCUACAGCCGCGAGACCGGCACCCCCAUCUGGACGUCCCGCCUGCCCCACUGUGUCUCGGAGGAGUCCCUGGCGUGUGACAACCCAGGGCUGCCUGAGAACGGGUACCAGAUCCUGUACAAGCGGCUGUACCUCCCGGGAGAGUCCCUCACCUUCAUGUGCUACGAAGGCUUCGAGCUCAUGGGCGAAGUGACCAUCCGCUGCAUCCUGGGGCAGCCGUCGCACUGGAACGGGCCCCUGCCCGUCUGCAAAGUUAAUCAAGACAGUUUUGAACACGCUUUAGAAGUAGCAGAAGCGGCAGCCGAGUCGUCGCUGGAAGGAGGAAACAUGGCGCUGGCCAUCUUCAUCCCGGUCCUCAUCAUCUCCUUGUUGCUGGGAGGAGCCUACAUUUACAUCACCAGGUGUCGCUACUACUCCAGCCUCCGCCUGCCCCUCAUGUACUCCCACCCCUACAGCCAGAUCACCGUGGAGACCGAAUUCGACAACCCCAUCUAUGAGACGGGGGAAACCAGAGAGUAUGAGGUUUCUAUCUAAAGAGCUGCGCUAGAGAAGGGAACUCACAGACAUGAACUCAGUUACGACCUCCUCGAGACAUCCAUCCAGAGACCACGUGGCAUUUGAUCGAAACCCCAGAGUGUCUGCUGUCUUCUCUUUAGACUCUUGAUUGAAGAUUUACUGUUUUCUUCACUGUAUUUAUUAUAUUUAAAAUUGAAGUAGGUGUGGUUUGAGGUAUUGCGGGGGCAGCCAAGUUCCUUGACAGCCUUCAUGCCCAAGGCAGUGGAAUAUCUGCAGACAGCAGCAGUGACAGACCAACAAACAACAAAUCAAGUCUCUCCCAUUAUCAGUCCUGGCAUGCUGAGGCUGCAUCAAGUCACACACAUCUUUGGCAUCCAUGCCCGGAGUGUUCUGGGUGCAAAUCUAACUGCCAAGGUUGGGUUGGAAAGGGUGUUUCUCAUUGGGUCUUUAUGGGUUGGAAUUUAACAUGGGUACUUAAACCCAUUCCUUGUUUUGGUCCAAAACAAAUUCUGUGUCAUCUUUUCUCCUCUGUCCCACGGAGUUUCUGAAGGCAGCCAAGAUGUCACAUAAACAUUUUCUUGUACCACUUUGGCUUCCCUGGAUGCUGGCAAAAUAAGAAAAUGUUUUCUUUUUUAAAAGGUGAUAAAUGACAAGGGAGAAUUUUCAGAGAAGAUGAGAAAUCUAAGAGUUCCUACGAGGAAGUGGGUGAAGGGGCACCCUGGGUGAGGGAACCGGCUUAAUAAAAUGUUCUUUUCCUUGACA